AUGAAGUUCGCCGUCGCAGCUCUCCUCGCUCUUUCGAGCACGGCUUUCGCCCAAACCCCGGGCUUCAAUGUUCUCACCAAGCCUACGCAGGGGGAGGAGGUUCCCGCCGGAUCGACAUACGAGAUCGAGUGGCAGCCGAACGCCGAAUACCCUGGCGCCAUCACGAUCAGCCUGCUCGGUGGAGCCACCCUUGGGACCCUGGUGCCUCUUGACGACAUCGCAACUGGCGUCGAUGGCUCGACCGGCUCCUACAGCUGGGAGGUUGAUGAGUCGCUCGGCGAAUUCGCAACCUAUGGCAUCAUGAUCACGCUGGAGUCCGACGCUUCCGUCUUCCAGUACAGCUUCCCCUUCAAGAUCGCCGGCGGUGACGGCGGGGAUUCCUCCACGACCACCACUGGCACUGGCACUGCUACUGCCACUGAGAUCUCGACUGGUUCGUUCGAGACUACGACGACGACUACCGCGGGCAACCAGACCUCGACGGACAUCACCUCGACUUCUGCCAGCUCUACCAUCACCUCGACCAUUCGCGGAAACCUUUCCACCACGGCCACUGGCGGCGCGCAGACCACCAUCACCAGCCUCGUCACCCAGCCGCGACCUACCCCUACCACCACCUCCACCACUAGCGUCGUGACCAACGGUGUUGCUUCCCUGGCCGCUGGCUCGUUUGCCAUGCUCGGUGGCGUCGCCAUGGCUGUGCUCGCCUUGUAA